AUGCUGGACUAUCUCAGUCUCACUGACAAGCCCAUUACAUCAGGCGUGAUCGUUCUGGUGCUGUCUUUGGUUGCCUACCUUGUGCGUCUCAACGAGUUGCUAUCGGGCACCCCGGACGAGGUCAAAAAAUUAUCACCGACAAGAUGGACCAAGGCGCUCCUGGUUGAGACGUACAGGAGGCUGGAGGCCCAUCCCAUUACUACGCGCAGCUAUGCCGCACUCAUUCCCAAGAAGCUAGAACGCCGCUACAUUGUCACUGGCGGGUCCGGUCUCGUAGGAGGCUACAUCGUCCUGCAGCUUCUGGAAAGAGGCCAGCCGCCAGACAGUAUUCGCAUCGUCGACUUCCGGCCGCCCAACCGGGCCGACAUGCUGGAUGGAGCGGCAGCUCGAGUCGACUUCGUCGCGGCCGACAUUUCCUCGGCCGAUGCCACGCACAGGGCAUUCGCGAAGCCCUGGCCGCCGUCCGUCGCCCGGCGACCCCUGACCGUCUUCCACACGGCCGCCGUCAUCGUGCCUUCGGACCGGUCCAGGCUCGCGUCGGGCUUUUGCGACGCCGUCAAUGUCCGGGGCACGCAGAAUGUUGUGGACGCCGCGCAGCGGGCGGGCGCCGAUGUCCUGGUGUCCACCACGUCGGGGAGCAUCAGCAUCCGGCCGGUCGAGCUGUGGGUUCCGCCCUGGCGGAUGAGGCGUGGGCAACUGCCGCGGCGGUGCUGGCAGGUGUUGGACGAGAAGGACUUCUUCGAGCCGCUCCGUGGGCAUGACGAGUUUUAUGCAAACUAUCCUGCGUCCAAGGCUGCGGCGGAGAGGAUCGUCUGUGCUGCGAACUCGGAGGACCUGCGGACCGGGUCGAUCAGACCUGCAAAUGGGGUAUAUGGAAAUCCCACUGACAACACUCUCGGCGGCGCGCUGGCCAAGGCUGUUCUUCCGACAUGGACAUCCCACGUCGUUCAGAGCUUUGUCCAUGGCAUCAAUGUGGCCAUCGCGCACCUCAAUCUUGAGGCCAUCCUUGCAUCCCCCGAAUCCGCUGUCUCCCUUCAAGCCGGGCGUCCCUUCGUUAUCACAGACCCAAACCCUCCCAUCAGCUAUCGUGACCUGUAUUUUCUCGUCCAGACCCUGGCGGUCACGCCCUUCCGCAUCUUCGCCUUGCAGCCCGUCGUUGUGAUGCUGCUCUCGUACCCCAUCGAGUGGUACUCCCUCGCCCUUGCCAGGUUCCCGUGCCUGCGGAAGGUCCUGCCAGAACUAGCGGGCGAGGUGAAGCAUCUCAAGCCCGGCAUCUUCAGCAUCUGCGCCCACCUUGUGGCGUCGAACGACGUGGCAAGCCGGCCUGUCAGCGACGGCGGGCUCGGGUACACGGGCGUGCUCACGACGCUGGAAGGUAUGACCAUGGAGGUUUUGGAGUGGAACCGCGACCAUAAAGACGUUGUCGGGGCGAGGAAGUCCUACACGAACAGCGUCUCGCUCGCUGACGACAUUGCGAAGGCAGCGGCGGUAGCCGAGUUUGGCAGGUAA